AUGGUUAUCAAAAAUCAAGCAAUGGGUAAUCAGAAUGCCUCUAAGGAUACUUCGUCCGCCGAAGAUAUAGUUUAUGACCCCAGGAAAUGGCGAAAUUCGCCUUAUACUCGAGCUACUUCAGCUCCUUCUUUGACAGCAAAUACUGGCGCGAACCAGUCGUCACUUAACGUUGGCGGGUUCGACUCAGCAUCCAAACCUCAACCUCUGAAAGGAACAACUCGACGCUGCCCCCGAAGACAAGCUAAACUGCAUCCAGGUUCGCAUCUAACUACCGUCAAGCAAGGUCGUCUCAUUAAAAAACCAUUCGACCAAGAUUAUAAACUUCUUAGGGUUAUUGGUAAAGGCGGUUUUGCAUUUGUAUGUUCCACCGAGGAGAGAGCUACAAACAAGCUAUUUGCUGUCAAGAUGGAAUUGAAACAUUCAGAAAAGGCAUCAUUACACCGAGAGUGGAAUUUGCACAAGAAGUUGAAUCACGCAUCGAUUCUUCGUGUUUAUGAUUUCUACACAUACGCAGACGAAUGCCCCAGAAUGGUGAUGGAAUUAGGGCAGAAGACCAUGUUCGACAUGUUUGGCGAGAAAGAAUACAUCGAAGAGACUCGAAUGAAAAUUUACUUCAAGGACAUUCUAUUGGGGCUCGAAUACUUGAAAUCUAAGAAUAUCUUGCAUCGCGAUAUAAAGCCAGGAAAUAUGAUUCUUGGGCGCGGCUCGGGUGGAUGUAUGAUGAUAGCAGACUUCGGCUUGGCAGACCAUUUGGUAGGUGGCAGAAGAAACAAGAAAACCUCAAGAAAAGGAACAUUGCAUUAUAUGGCACCGGAAUGCUUCAACAAGGAACUUCAAAUUACUGGUUUAGGAUUCGAGGUAGACCUUUGGGCAGCAGGGGUCUCCCUCUUUCAAUGCCUAGUGGGCUAUCUUCCUUUUGAUUCCGUUGAACCAGUGGAUGACGAGAAACAACAGAGGAAAAAUACGAAGUUGAUGAUUGAAAACGGCAAAGUGUCCCUAGAUUUCGAGAGCGGUACGCUGGGUCAGCCUAUCAGUCAAGAAGUAAUCGAUCUUUUGGCGGGAAUGUUGGAAAAAGACUUUGAAAAAAGAUUGACAGUUGAGGACUGUCUUGAAUACGAGUGGAUGUCCGGAUAA